CGAGUGGGCGUGUGUGAUGGCCGCCAAGUCUGCGCACGUGCCGUCAGACCCGCUAGGCCACAUCAGUGCUGGCUCAUGUACCUCUAGCGGCGGCGCUGUCGAAUGAGCACAUUCGCCCAACAGCUGCCUCCACCGAGCUCUCUUUAGCACGACCUUUCACGAACCCACUAUAACUUUUUGUCUUUCCAUCAUCAUCAAGCCGCCUCAACACCCAGCCAGGAACUAUCUGUUCACCGCCGAAAAAGGGACGGAAAGACAAAAAACUACAACUCCCUCUCUGUGCGUGCGUGUGUGCUGUGUGCUGUGUGUGUGGUCGAAACGAAACGCGCGCGACCCUCCCACGCUCCCACCCCGCCGCCUCCGCUUUCUCCGUGUUCUCUCGCUCUCUUUGUUUUUCUUCGUUUUCCCAGAGUUGCGUGCGGGAGUAGUAGCAGCAACGCAGCUGGAUGUCGUUGUCGAUAUACACCGCGCACGUAGGAGGGGUUCUGCAAGCCGAUGGAAAUACUUUUGCCUCCGUCGACGAACUCCGGAAAUGGAUCGAGCAGAAGACGCGGCUACCGACGUCAUGUCAGAUACUCAUGACAGCGCGGGGCACGAACGUGCGCGCAAAUGUGCUGUCGAACGAGAGAGAGAUAUUUUUAUACGACCGGAAACAGCUCGAGCUGAACUCGAUACCUCCCAGCGAACCCCUCCCGAAGCUGCCGGCCAUCACCCCGUUCCCCGAUGACCUCGAAUCGGAAACCGACAUGUCCUCGUGGCGGCUGCUAUUCAAGAAGCGCAAGGCGUGGGCGGAAUCGGUCCUCGCGCACACGGAGCGACUGACGCAGCGGAUCCGCGAGACCGAUGCGGCGACGAAGACCAUCCAGCGGUCGGUCGCGGUGGCGUUUACGAAUCUGGAGACGCAUUCGGUGGGGCUGGGGAAUUCGCUGACGAAACUACGGGAGUGGGCGGACGGCGUGAUGGAUGAUCGGGAAAAGGCGCUGAAGGGGUGGGAGCCGGCGGUGCGGCAGCUGCUCCGCAUGCCGGUGCAUGAGGAGUUUAAGAAGUAUGGCGUGGAUGAAAAGGGUGCCCGCAAGGUCAAUUGUUUGUCCGACUUCUUCGAUAUCAAGGAGGUGCAGACGGCGGCGGCGACGGCGGCCAUUCUGGCACAGAGGUUCGAGAGGGAGAUUCACGAGUUGGGGAAUAACAUCGAGGAUAUCUGCGCCAGGACCGUCAACCUCAAGACGGCGAUCCAGCAGUCGGGAAAUAAGGCAUCGUUGAAUGUGGAAGAGCAGCUUAGUGGGCUUGUUGAGGAAGUCAGUCUACUUGUGAACAAGAUCCGCACAGAUAACGAGUAUGCGAGGACUCUGCAGGGCCCAAAGUCGGCUUCAGCUGCUUCCAAGCGCGCCUAUGCGUCUACGACCGACUAUCUUCCAGGGCUAACCGCGGUCGCGGCUGAUUUCGGGAAGCUUUUCAUUGCUGCGUGCGAACGCAAGAACGCCGUGAGUGUAACAUGCCACGACCACCUCCAGAACAUUGCUGUCAUACAAUCGAUAUCGGCGCCUAUAAAUCCUCAGAUCAACAAGCUAGACUCGGCAUAUCAGGAAGAGGAUAGUCACUUUCAGCUCUUGUCGCUCGUUGAACAGCUGCCGAUAUCCUACGGAUUGCUUCUCAUCGAGUGUGUCCGGCGAAGGGAAUGGUCAGAGAAGUUCCAGCACAACGGUCAGAAGCUGGCUGAAGACUUGGCCUCAAUCAAAGAAGACGAGGAAAAGCGACGGCGAAAGUGGCAACGGAGCACUGGGCUAUUGCUGCCAUUCGAGCUCGGCGAAUCACAGAUAUUACGAGCAGAGCUCAACACCAGAGGUGAUGCAAGCGGCGGGCUUCCUAAGGUCACUCGACAAGAUGUCGAGGCCUAUCUUGAUUCUCUUAAAGCUGUUGGCGGCAUGGAUGUUUUUUUGAAGGAUCUCACGCAAGCGCUGCAAGCGCUUGACCACCCUUCCAAGCGCAUAAACAAGCGGCUAAAGGGAUUCAAGAUGGGUAGCAUCCAUGAGGCGGGCAUGAUGGGUUCUUCAUCUAUUCUCAGUGGCCGGAACGAUGAGGAAGUGAAGAUUCUUCGCGCCGAUAAGGAGCAACUGUCCGAGAGAAUUAGGGGCUACGAAUCUCGGAUACGGAAGCUGGAAGAUCUUUUACACCGGGGAAGGACGGCGGGCGGGGCUCCAUAUCCGACCAAUAACCCGACUGGACGUCCAUCGACCCCGGCGCUGUCGCAGCCAUUCCCUUCGAGCCUGCCACCGGCGCACUCUCCUGAGCAGACUUCCGCCAGGCCGGCUACGGCACAGCACCGCUCUUCGUUGGACAAUGCGUUGGAAGCUACCUACAAGGCACGGAUAGUGGAACUGGUGGCGGAAUUGGCGGCGGAGAAGGAGAGGGCUGCUGAGCUCCAAAAGAUGGCGUCCGAGAACACGGAAUCCGAGAAGGCGGUUAUGAAUGCCAAGAUAAUGCAGGCGGACGAGACAAAGAGGGACCUGUUUGCGAACCUAGAAACGACGGUGCAGCAGAAUAACAUUGAGAGGAAGGCGCUGACGUCGGAAAUCGAGGAGCUCAAGGAGAGGCUAGACAGUACCUACGAAGAGCUGGAUCGGCUCGAGGAGGAGAAAAUAAAGCCUUUGGAACACGAGUUGGAACUUGUAGGCGGCGAGUUGUCGCAUCUCCGGGAGGAUAUCGAGAGGGAGGUCCAGAGGAACGGUUCACUGGUCGAACAACUGAGGGCUGCGGAGCUGCAAGCGGAUAUCGAAAUCAACGGCUUAAGGGCGGAACUGGAGAGUCAAAUUCAGCAUACGGAGGAGGAAUCGUGGAGGGCCGAAGAAGCUACCGCCGCGCUGACUGAAUCUGAAAAGUCGAAGGCAGAGAUGGCUGAGCAGAUUGCUGGAUUGGAGAAGGAGCUCGUGGAUACCAGGACCGCUCUGAACACUGGCAGGGAGUCGCUGCUGGGUGCCAUGAAGAGGGCUCAUGGUCAUCUUUCGCUAGAUGAUGCCCCAGAUGACCUCAACGCCAUGAUGGAUCUGCUUGAAUCUUUGAUAUCACAGACAGUGGUCCACAACAAGGAACUGAACGAGACUGUCGAAGCGGAGAAAGCGAAUUCGGCUGCUCUGCGAGGAGAGAAGGAGUUCCUGCAGAACCGUUUGGACUCGCGCACCCUCAAAGCUAAAGACCUUACUCAGCGGCUAUACACACAUAAUGCUCGAUCGAUCCAACUGCUCGAGUCCCUCGGCUAUAGAGUGGUGCGUGGGGAAGACUCGGUGCAAAUACUCAAGGUACCUCGCAACAGCGCUAAUAGCGAUUCGACCGUGCUCACCAAGAGCACUAUCAUGCCUGCUGGAGGAAACACCGCACAAAAGACUUCCCCGCUGCGCCUAGAAAAUGCCCCUGCUGUGGAAGACAUCGGCUUGCUGUACUGGAUGGAGAGCCCUGAUAGUGACACGGAAUCCGAGAAAUACAGCAAGUAUCUUAAGACGAUAGUCGCCUUCGAUCUCGAUGCCUUCAGCGAGACAAUCAUCAACCGGGUGAAGAAGGCAGAGCAAGAUGCCCGGCAACUCAUGAAGCAAGGUCGUGCCUACCGCGAAAAAUACUACCGCGCGCGUGAUGAGGCGAGCGACAAGAUUGCCUUCAAAUCCUUCAAAUCCGGCGACCUCGCCCUCUUCCUUCCGACUAGAAAUCAGAAAACACGUCCAUGGGCGGCCUUCAACGUUGGUGCGCCCCAUUUCUUCCUUCGCGAGCAGGAUUCCCACAAGCUCGCCUCCCGUGACUGGCUCCUCGCCCGCAUCAGCAAAGUCGAAGAGCGCGUGGUUGACCUCUCCCGCUCGACCGCAUCAAUCAACCUCCCGCACGGCAUCGAGCGCUCCUCUAUCGGCGGACACUCUUCCGGCGGAGAAUCAAUCGAUGACGAAAACCCAUUUGAACUCUCGGACGGGUUGCGAUGGUACCUACUGGACGCCACGGAGGAAAAAUCCGGUGCUCCAUCCACCCCCGGACUCUCUGCCAGCACUGUCGCCUCUGCAAACGUCGACGUCAAGGGCUCCCUCAAGUCCAGGAAACCAAAUACAGGGGCCAAGAAGAAGCUCUCGGAGAUCACGACGGAACACUCGCGUAGGAGUAGCAGUGGCAGUCAGAACCGUGCAGAGGCACUUGAGGAGGUCCAUGAAACCAUCGCAGCCCUCGAGCCACCACGUACGCCAGUCGAGAAGAUUGCGGCCAGCAUCAGAAGUCGCGCUAGCAGUAUCAGAUCCGCGACGACGCAGGAGCCUCCUAUGCAGCGGUAGUUGGCCGUUUACUGGAUUUGGGUCUGCUUUGGGUUUGCUUUGUUCUGCGGGGUUUUUUCUGUUUGUGCAUUGGUUUCUUUAUUUUCCUUAGGAUAGGAUAGGAUAGGCUGGGUCAGGUUGGACUUCCCAUUGUCAUUGUCAGUUGUUCAAUUAGCGGUUUUGUUUCCGUUCCGUUUUCAUUAGGGAGUCGGAAGGGCAUUUUGGUGUUGCUAGUGAGGGUGGGAAUGGGAAUUUGAGCUUUUUGUUUGGUUAUUGUGUGGGGUGAUUACGAUGGUGGAAUCGAACUGGACGGUGAAUAAGGGUGGAGUGA